GUCACAACAGCAAGGAGCACGGUACAAUAAUAUGAUGGUGGGUUGGACCCACAAUUAAGGUACUGUAACUGCUUACUGCCUUACUUUGGGAGAGCUUCAUGUGACUUUCAGAGUUUUAUACCCAACAUCAGUUGCUUCCUAGCUUCACCACCCAAACUCUCAACUGUAUAUGCUUUCAAGCCGUGUGUUCAUCUCUCUCAACUAUGAAGCGCAGCCUGCAUUCCAAUGCUCUUCUCCUCUUCCUGCUGAUACUUAUUUCCAUCUCAAAAAUAUCAGCCCGUACCAUAGCAACCCAAAAAGGACAGGAGACAGUGAAGCUCAACGAAAUCAAUACUUCUGGAGGUCCUGAUCUUGUAAAGUUGGAAAGCAAUGAAUUUAUGAAUCUCAUGGGAGUGGAGGAUUGUAACAAAGGAGAUGAAGAAUGCUUUCAGAGAAGGAUAGUUUCAGAGGCUCACUUGGACUACAUCUACACCCAGCACCACAAGCCUUGAGACUCCUCCAAAAAACAUAAGAGUUCCAUAUCUUUUUAUUGACAUGCAGCCCUUUUCUCAAUAUUUCAGGAUAUGAUGUGUUUCCAGGAUGUAAUAUUUCACAUAUAUUUAUAUAUAUAUAUAUAUAUAUAUAUAUAUAUAUAUAGAGCUUUCUUUAAUGGGUUUGAGAUUGUAAUUUCUCUACAACACAAUGCAAGUGUCACGCAUAUGUUUCUCAUCUUGAAUUUCUAGGCUGAUUUUCUUGACAUUGUUGGAAUAAGGAUCAGACUCCACCUGGUUUGAAAAGUAGCAGAAA